UAAUAAAUGUGUAACUUAUUUAAUGUAAGGUCAGCUGGGCUACAUGUCUCAACACAGUAUUCUCACUUGCUAAUUUAAUUCCAAAAAUGUGAAAGUCUACAAGUUUGAAAUCCACACACAAUUUGUUUUUAAAUUUUCAAGAUACAUCAAAAUUUUGUUUGGGGGACAACAUAAGUAUACCGUUUCAAAAUAAAUACUGUGACAAAAUGACUGAGAAAGACUCAUGUAUAACGCAUAUCAUUUUCGACGUGGAUGGUACUCUACUAGACACAGAGAGCCUAUACGAGGUGGCCUACAGAAAAAUAGCAGAGAAAUUUGGAAAAGAAUUCAAAGACGAGUACCUGCCUAUGUUAGCAGGACAACUGGGUGAUGUCGUCAGACAAAACCUGAUUGAUCUUUUUGAACUUCCUCUCUCUCUAGAAGAGAUUAAAUGCGUACUAAGGUCUAUGAUGGAGGAGAAAUUGUAUGACUCUAAUUUCAUGCCAGGAGCAGAAAAACUAGUAAAACACUUCGCAGCACAUGGUAUCCCUAUGGCAAUAGCGACUAGUAGUACCCCAGACGAAAUGGAACUGAAAACUAAACGCCACGACAAGAAAUGUCUGUUCCAGUAUUUCACACACAUGGUUUGUGGGGUUGGCGACCCUGAUGUCAAACGAGGUAAACCCGAACCGGAUAUCUUCCUGGUGUGCGCUUCCCGGUUCCCGGGUAAACCGGAUCCUAAAAAUGUUCUAGUGUUUGAAGAUUCAGUAGCGGGUAAGACGGCAGCUUUAGCGGCUGGUAUGAAAUGUGUCAUGACUCCAAAUCCACAUUUCGACAAGAAACUGACAGAAGAUGCAACAUUAGUCAUAGAUACACUCGAUUAUUUCAAACCUGAGAAGUUCGGGCUUCCACCACUCAAAGAUUGAAAUUGAUUUUGUUUAUCUAAGUUAAUUACAAAUAAACUUUGGGACUGAAAUUGAUUGCAGCUUUCUACUUGUGGUAAUAAAGA